CUGUUAGUGUGAGCAAGGUAAAGGUUGGGUGUCCCGCGCCCCUAGCCAUUAGGAGGGUGGAGGGGGUGCCCCUCCCCCCAUAGCCCCGGGGAAGUUCUCCCAUCACCCCCUCAUUGCAACGAGGUUCGCGGCAAGGAAGAAAAAGGUCCAGCAGGUGAAAUCUGUGGCAAUGGUGGGAGCUCAGCAGAUAGAGAUGCAGGCAGCAGCAGUGCCCUCAGUGGUCCCAACAGGUGGAGGUCCUGGUGGUGGCGGUGGUGAUCAUCAAUAUGAAUGCUUAGAAUGCGGCAAGGUGUUCAAAUGGUCAUCACGGCUCAUCCAUCACCAGCGGACUCACACAGGCGAGCGGCCUUAUAAGUGCUCAGAAUGCCCCAAGGCUUUCAAAGGUUCAUCAGCCUUGCUGUAUCACCAGCGUGGACACACGGGUGAGCGACCAUAUAAGUGUAGUGAAUGUGGCAAGGCCUUUAAACGGUCAUCCUUGCUUCAGAUCCAUCAGAGUGUACAUACUGGUCUGCGUGCUUUUAAAUGUGCUCAUUGUGGCCAAGCCUUUAAGUGGUCUUCCCAUUACCAAUAUCACCUGCGCCAACAUACUGGAGAACGCCCCUAUCCCUGUCCAGCAUGUGAUAAGGCCUUUAAGAACUCUUCUAGCUUGCGACGGCACCGCCACACACAUACAGGUGAACGUCCUUAUGUCUGCCCUAUGUGCGGCAAAGCUUUCACUCAAUCCACAAACCUACGACAGCAUCAGCGAGUGCACACUGGUGAGAGACCCUAUCGAUGCCAGGACUGUGGUAAAGCUUUCACGCACUCAUCUAAUCUAGCACUGCAUUGCCGAUCAGCACACACUGCCCGCUCUGUUCACACCUGUGUUAUUUGUAGUAAAGCUUUUGCAUCUGAAACCUAUUUGCAGCAGCACUUGGAGACUCAUGCUGACGUUGCACCUCCAGCACAACUCUUCUUAGAGGAGCCAACCACCACGGUAGAGAUGAUGUUUCGAUGUAGUAUGUGCCAUCUUACUUUUUCCUUGCAAGAGCAACUGCUAAGUCACCAAGAAACACACUUGGCUCCAAUAGAGCCAUUGCCUCUGCCAGAAAUGCCAUCACCAUCAGUGCAGGAGGAGACGGCACCUGUAGUAUCUCCCACACCCUCAGUAUCUUGCUCAGUGUGUGGUAAAACUUUCAAGAGCGCAGCAGGUUUAGCAAGGCAUCAGAGUCAACAUUCAUCAGAUCGCACAUACACGUGUGUGGUAUGUGAGCGUUCCUUCCCUGCACUGGCCAGCUUAUUAGGCCACCAGCGUUCACAUCCUGCAGCUGAACAGAGACUGGAGGAAGCUGAAGUGACCUGCCCGGCACAGGCUGAGCCAGUGCCUACAACCACUGCAACACCACCUCCACCACCUGAGCGACCGUAUGUGUGUGGAGAAUGUGGAAAAUCAUUCAAGGGCUCCUCGGGGCUACGUUAUCACCUCCGUGAUCACACAGGGGAGCGCCCCUAUGCUUGUAGUGAGUGUGGGAAGGCCUUCAAGCGCUCUUCGCUGCUGCGCAUUCACCAGCGGGUGCAUACAGGGCUGCGUGCCUUCACCUGCCCUACCUGUGGCAUGGCAUUCAAAUGGGCCUCUCAUUACCAAUACCACUUACGCCAGCAUACUGGAGAGCGACCAUAUGCCUGUCAGGAUUGUGGGAAAGCUUUUAAGAACACCUCAUGCCUCCGUCGGCACCAACAGCUGCAUACGGGGGAACGUCCCUUUGCCUGCCAGACUUGUGGCAAAGCUUUCACUCAGACAUCCAACCUCCGGCAACAUCAGCGGGUACACACUGGUGAAAGGCCCUAUUGCUGCCGAGACUGUGGCAAGGCAUUCACUCACUCAUCCAACUUAGCACUGCACCGACGCACCCACUCCCGGGAACGUCCCUUCCAGUGUCCAGUUUGUUGCAAGGCUUUUGUCAUGGCAUCUUACCUACAGCGUCAUUUGCGUACCCAUAACAGCAGUGAGGCAGCCAAUCAUCCAACUGCCUUGUCUGCUGCCACCCAGGAGGUACAAAUUGUGCCCAACAUGCAGGCCACUCUGAAUGUUGAGCUAAGUGGCAACCCAUCCCCAGCUCUUUCUUCCAACAGUCAAAGUUUCUUGCUAGUGCAGACAGCUCAGGGCUUGCAGCUCAUUCCCAGUGUGCAGCAGCAGCAGCAGCAGCAACCACUUCUGCAAAGUUCACCCCCCAAAUUCAUUCUUUUGCCUAGUCCACAGAUGGUAACGACUACACCUGUUGCUUCAACAACUUUUACCCUGGUGCCAAAUACUUCCACUACUCCAAACAAACCUGUCAUACUCCGUCAAAGUAAGGGAAAGAAGCCUGUGUCAGUACCUACCCCCGCACCACCAGUAUCUAGCAACCAGAAUAUUAUUUUAAUGCCCAGUACCACUGGAGCCAAUAUGCAGCCUAUCCCUAAUGUACAAAUCCAGAGGUCACCAGGACUGCAGACCAAUGGACAGAAUGUUAUGGUGCUCCAGAGUUUACCGGAUCAGCAGUUGGGCACAGUGCAGAUACAAUAUAUACCACCCAAUCCAUUAACAAGUGCUAUCCAGAUUCAAACUCUGCCUCAGCAAGUCCAAAACCUUUCCACUGCUCAGCAAAGUGGCACACUACAAAUACAGACUUUGCCUACUGCCCAGCAAUCUGGCACAAUUCAGAUCCAGGCUGUUCCUAACCCUCCACAGACUGGUCUUGUACAGAUUCAUAGUCUGCCUCUAUCCCAGAACACUGUGCAAAUCCAGGGUCUGUCCAAUUAUCCACCUGCUGGCACAGUGCAUUUCCAAACACUUCAGCCUUCACAAAAGAUGAAUACUGUGCAAUUUCAGGCUGUAACAUCUUCCCAGCAGGUUGGGACCCUGCAGUUCCAAAAUCUCCAGUCUUCCCAACAAGUAAACUCUCUUCAGAUCCAGACUUUGACAUCUUGUCAGCAGGCCAACUCUCUUCAGAUUCAAAAUUUGCCUCAGUCAAAUCAGUCUGUGAACAGUGUUGAAAUCCAAGGCCUUGCUCCUUCCCAACAGUUGGAUAGUGCAAAUCAGAUCCAGGGGCUUAUAUCUUCCCAGGAAGGACAGCAGCUUCAGCCUCCAGAAGAGAUGGCCAGUGUCCAACUUCAGACUCUGGGCUCAGCUCAAGCAAUGAAUGAGAUUGGAACUGCUCUGCCUAGUUCACAUGAGCUCUCUGAAGUGGACCUCCACCAGGAAUCCAACAUGGAAGAAGAAAACCUGAUUGUUGUACAGAAUUCUCCAGAAGAGGAACUGCUAGGGCCUGGAGGUGAGGUUGAGAACCUCGAGGGUGUGCAAGACAUGCAUAUUGAGACUCUGCAGACUGAAGAAGGGAUUCAAAAUGUAUUAGUGUUGAGGAGGGCAAGUGGAGAACAAACCCGUUGGUGUGUUCAGGAAGUAGAAAACAUCCAGACUUUGCAGGAACUGCCUGGCCUCCAAUUACAUAGUACUGAUGGUAGCUCAGGGACUGGGCAGAAUCUGUUUAUUAUCCGCAAUGCACAGGGUGAACAGACUCUCCAAGUACUAGAGAGUUUACCGACCCUGCAGGUAGGUAGUCCAGAUAACAGUCAAGCUGCUGUUGAAAGCAGCAGUCCUCAAAUGGUGCAGCUUUUACAAAACCCAGUUGCAUCCCAAGGACUGCCUUCCAUUCAGAUUGUGCAAACAGUACCAAACAUGCAACUUGUUCACACCUUCUAAAAAACAGCUUCUUCACAUACUUGAACUGGAGUAUUGGUCAGAAACAGUCUGAUUUCUACAAAAAAUAAGAAUGGGGCAAAGAAUAAGAAUACAUAUACUAUAUUUGAGGUGGUCAACUCACCAAGUGAGUUCUGCUUGGAUUCCUCGGGACAAAUUUUCUUAAAAAAUAACUGGGUUCAACUACUUGCCUGCUAAUCCAAAGCAUGUCCUUUGUUAUUCUUCUGAUCCUAUAUGGCCUGCCACUGCUGCUUCUAUCCCUGCAGCCACAAUAAUCCUUGUGCCAUGCCUCUCAGCAUCCAUAUAUAUUGCACACAAGAAACUGCCAGCCCAGUCUUUUAUUUUUACCCAAAUCCAUCCCUAUAUUUAAAACAUUUUGUUCUAGCAAAAAAAAAAAGCGCCUAAUUCAGGACUUCUACCCAUUCUGUUAAACAGGAAUGUGAUUAAUGGGUAGCUGAUCUCUCCAUUUCGCUUCUGUGGACCAUGGACCAUACUGCUGUGAAAUAGCAUAAUCCUUUUGUAAAAUAGGAAAUUGGGGUCAUUCAGGCUUGAGAUUGCUUGAUACUUAUAGGAGACAGUUUUAUGAGCUAUUAUAGAUUGCAUCAUACAGCUACAAUGGCUUUUAUGGCUAAUUCCUUCUGUUUCUAUUAUAGCCCUUUUAUCAUGUGUAGAAGUACAUUUCUUCCUGAGUGGACCUUUUAGUUCCUGGUGCUAACAAACACAACAGAAUCAAAGAUCCUUGUGAGCUGAAAUGAAAAUAAAAGACUGCUUUGAUGCAGAUCAUUAUUCAGUUGUAUUUUUUUAGUGUACCAUCAUACAUACGCUGGAUCACAUUUAUGAUGCAAUAAUGUUAAAUAUUUCUGCAAUACUUUUUUUAGUAAUUUUUAAAUAUUUUAUCUGUUACUGAGCUGGGGUAAGAAAAUGUAAGGUAGGUUCUUCAGGGUUUCUGCCUUUAACUUGAGAAGCAGGUUGUGCAUUAAACUACUGACUUAAGGCCUUUUUUAAAACGUGAAAACUUGAAGGGACAAGAAAGGAUUAGGUGGUAUUAUUACUCUUGGCUUUCCCAGUUUCAUGCUGCUUUAUUCAGACAUAGUACAUAUUGAAUAUAGCUACUACUAAAGUAGCAUAGAUAAAAGGUAACAAAAUGAAGUUUCGGUAACAUUCUUGAACAAUUCAACAGGUUAUCAAGCCUCUUGAUAUUCUAUAAGAAGAAAGUUGCCCACCUCUGGGUAGACAGUAGGCUUGCAAAGCAUGCCAGACUAAAAUGUGUAUAGCUAGUUUGUGAUUCAAAAUACUGACAAGCCAUUGAUUUAAUUCUAGCUGAGCAACCAAGGAAUAUUGGGACAUAAACAGCCAGAACUGGGCCAGAUGAAUAAGUACUAUAUCUUGGUAACUGGGUUUAUAAAUUAAAUUAAGUCAUAAUAUGAUUUAUUUACACCUUAGCUGUGAAAAUCUAGUAUUCAGUUGAAAUUCUGCUCUUCAAACUAAACUAAUACCAAAAGCAAAUAUCAGUAAAUACAUACAUUAAAAUUAGUACUAAAAGUUUUUUUUAAAAUCUAGAAAGAAAGCCCAACGAAGUUUUGGAGGUAGUACAUUGCAGCAAGGCAGAAGAUGGUCAGCUCUUUCACCAGAAAAGCAAGGCUUUAACAAUCAAUAAUCAUUUUCUACCUUGUCUGUAGAGUUUAAUAGCUUCAUAAAGGAAGCAGGAAAUCCAGAAGCAAACAUACCUUACACAUAAAUAAUUUUUAAGGUUUAUACUCACACUUUAAAUGAGAGAUUUCAUCACAAGUGUCAUAUGAGGACUAGCUCAUUCACAUGAGGGCUGCAAUACUGAGGUUUUUUUCAUGAAUUGAUAGUAUAUUAAGAAUAUUGUGGUUUCCUAUAUUUUAUUAUUCUUGAUAUGAUCCUGGAAAAAUGCAUCAUUCAUAUUAAGGACAAUAACAUCCAGAAAACCCAUCUCACAAAACCUGCCCUAAUCCUAUUUUUUUGCUGAGCAAAAUGAUCUUCAAUUUCAUUUAGUCUUUUUUCAUUCAUUUUUCUUCUUGCCAGGUAAGAUCCUUAAUACCCAAUUAAUUAGCAAAAGAGUUUUUAUAUUGAUAUCUUCUUGCUUUCAGAAUUGCCAACCCUUGAAAUAUUUUUUUUUGUUAUCAAGGUAGGGGCUACAUAUGAGGCAAUUGUGGAGGUCUAGUGGGUCAGAAGUUUUUUUCCCCUUAACAUAAAGGUUAUUUACAGGCCUAAGCAGAACUCUAUCCAACUAUAAAAAGAGUAUACAAAGCUGUUUGGAAGACAUAACAAAUGUAAGGCCUCUCUUCUCAACAUUUCCCAAGGCCUAGGAGAAUAAACAGGUUUUCUAAACACAAUGGUGGAAGCUACAUGACUGGAGAACCAUCAUUUCAGGGAGCAGGCAUUGCAAUAGAGAAGGCAUACUUCCUGGUUCCCAUAAUAUAACAUUGUUUAAUGCAGUGUUUCUUAAAACUCUUUUUCCCCUCAGGAUCCCUUCUCACUUUUAAAAAUUUCAGAUAACCCAAAAGAGCUUUUGUUUGUAUUGGUUAUAUUUAUUGAAGCU